UCUCAAAUCCGUCAAUAUACGGCGAAGUCAACGCCUUGCUGUACCACAUUCUCGCUUUCCACUUCGAUGCUUGAGCGACGACGACGUUACUUGACCAGCUCAUAGCCACGACAUCCACGAUAUUCGACCUUUGACCUUCUGCUCUUUGUCUUUUCUCAUUAUAUCUAUUGGCUGGAAUCGUACUUUACCGCUCUAAUUGUAUUUUGAAAUGUCUAGUUGGGAUUCUACUCGUGCGAAGAACUUGCUCAGACUGACUGCGCAAAGGCUUGGGCAGAUCCAAUACAAGUUAGACUACCAAGGCCAGAUCACCCGGAGGGACAUUGCUACCCUACUCUCCCAAGGCAAUGACGCACUGGCUCGGGCGAAAGCCCAGAAAUUAGUUCGCGAAGAUAUCUAUGGGGAUUUGCUUCAAACCUUGGAGAUGCACGUUGGCAUUAUACUCGAACGUAUUGGAGAACUGGAACCAAAUGCCUCCCCUGGACCAGUUAUUGUUGAGGCAGCAUCGAGCAUAAUCUACGCCGCACCACAUACAGACUCUCGAGAUCUACAGCUUGUUAGCGACAUGCUCAUUCAACGUUUGGGACCCGACUUCGCUCGUUCUGCAAUUAGAAACCGUGACAAUUAUGUGUCUACUCGAGUCAUCAGAGACCUCAACGCGCGAGCUCCGCCAGCAUCAUGGCUUGAUGAAUAUCUUCUUGGCAUUGCAAAAGCUCAUAGUGUAAAGUGGAAACCUGACCUUACGCCUGUCGAGAAGGUGAAUGCUAUUUCGGAGAUGUUGGACCCAUCGACGUCUCCAGAUAUAGACAUGCGACGACUUCAACACCUAUGUUCUCAUGGCCUUCCGGAGGAUCCACCAUGGGUAAGACCUAGGGUGUGGAAACUGCUGCUUGGUACCCUCCCUCCAAACAAGACGUCUUGGCCCCAGGAAAACCGUAAGCAAAGAGACAACUACUAUGACCUUGUGCGCCGCUUACUCGAACCGUUUGCUAGCCUUCCACCUCCGACUAGCCCACUCUCAACGACGGAUAUAUCACUACUGGAUGCAUCGAAGGAACUCGCACAAGUGCCUCCCAACCUGCUGUCAAGACUUGACGAUGAACCCGAUGUCUCUGUAGCUUCUCCACUUGACACUUCAGCUCCGGAUGAUGUCAAGAUUCAAUGUGCAGGUGCACUCGAUGAGCGUCUAAAGCUCAUCAAGGACAGCGAAAACCAGGACAGCGACUCAGCACCUGAUUCAAUGCCAGAAAUCCGACUGGAGGGUACACCGGAAAUUCGCUUGGAGGGAGCUCCUGACUCGCCUGCGAAGAGUGAUACCCCGGAAGUUCGUUUGGACACUGAGGCAUCGGAGAAACCGAAAGACUCUAUGCACAUCGACCUCGGUGGACUUGGAACCCCGGAAAUCUCGCUGUCGGUACCGGACUCGCCAUCUUCUUCCCACUCCAGUGCUCCGACUACUUUGCUUGCUUCAAGAGCUUACACUGCUGGUGGUGCUCAUCCAAAACAUGCAUCUGCGCUGCUGCGACUCUUGUACAUCCACUCUUCAUUGAAUCCUGCCAAUCGUGCACCGCAAGUUGCAUCUUUACUAGUUCCAUUAUACUCCGCCCUUGUGCAAGAAGUUGAACCAGAUGAUUUGGCGCAUGCUGAAGCGGAUACCUUCUGGUUGUUUGAGACUGUCGUGUCCGAGUUUGCUGAUUUGGAAGACGCAGAGACGUGCAACAUCUGGUUGCGCAAGUUGGGUGAAAGGUUAUCUUGGGCAGAUACCGACCUUGCUGAGGACUUGCAAAUCAAGGGGCUGGAUCCUGCAUUACCACACUAUUCCUAUCGUUGGCUCACCCCGCUUCUGACGCACACACUUUCGCUCUCUGCCGUGUUCACAGUGUGGGACGCGCUGUUCUCUCGGCCUAUGCGAGAACGAAGUUCCACCCCCAAGCUUGACUACCUUAUUGAUGUCUGUGCUAGCAUGCUACUCUUAGCAAGGCCCGCUCUUCUUCGAUUGGGUAAGCGUGGAUCUAAGUCAGGCAACGUAUGGAGCGAAAUAAAUGCCAUAGUACCGUCCACGGAUUUCGACGCUAGAGAGCUUGAUGAUGCAUUCGUGGAGGGGAUGGCACUCCUGCGUAAUUAUCCUCUCAGACAGGUCGGUGGGAUUGAAAACGUCUUGCAGCUCGCCCAUGACCUCGCAAGCCGACGCCGCAUGGAACAGCACUACGCCACUCCUGCGAACGCGGGCCUUGGUACGCGUCUCAAGAAUACAAUGUGGAGAAGUUUUGGUAGUCAAAAUCCCAUUGCUGAGGAAGAUGACAGUAGCGAGACCAGCGAGGAAAGUGAAGAGAGUAGUGCCGAUCAGGAUCAUCUCCGGUCUCAACCACCUGCUAGCGAUGGUCGCCUAACAUUGCCCAGUCGUCUAGCCGAUACGGUCUGGAAGGGUAUCACCAAUCAGAGUGCGAUGGAAGUUCCUUCUCCUCCACCUUCUCCUUUACCAAGCACACGUUCAUCCUCCCCAUCUCCAUUGACUUCACCUCCUGUUAACGCUGGCGACUUGGACUCCCAGCCACCUGCUCAGCAAAGUACUCGUGCUUCUGCCAUUUGGGGCUACGCUGAGAAGUUGAGAGACUCGGAUGCUGCAGCCACGCUGGCAAAGGUGAGCACCAACUGGAGAGUGAAAGCAUUGGAUGCAUGGAACAAACGCAGUUCCGGCGAUGUACCGAAUUCAGCUCCCGCCCACUAUACCUCUCUCCCUGUCCGCCAGUCCCUUUCUCCUAAUGACGCUGUUCGACGUUCUCUCGGUCCGUCACCCCCUCCAAAAGCCGUCGAUGAGGGUCGUAGGAGCUCUCUCCCAGGUAUAGAUCGUUCGCAGGUAUAUUCUCCUCCGGCCAGGCCAGCCUUUUUCAAGCCAGUAAGGGAUAGCUGGAUGCCAGAAGCACGGAGAAGCCCCCAUGUUUCUCCCACGGGUUCAGAGAGCUCCGCUAUUUCUGACGAGGAUGGCGGUGGAAGACGAAAGCAUUCGUUAGCAUCUCUGGUGGGUCUCGACAUCCGUAGCCCCGGUAGCCCUAGUCCUUCUUCCGCAGGCAGCAAGUCUGGUCCUCGACCUCUGCUUCUCAACUCGUCUUCUUUGAUUACAGCUAACUAUGUUACACCAACAUCUGCUACGUCCGAGAAGCACUGGGCAGACUCUGUACGGGCCAAACGACCAGAACCAUCCCACAGACAUUCACAUUCAUCUUUGUCAUCUAUGUCGCAGACCGACUCGCUUACAGUGCCUCGACGUGCAGAGACUUUGGCUCAGGGAGGUGGUAGUAGAGUUGUACCUAUAAACAGGAAGACACCGUCCCCGAUGGCCAGAGGCUCUCGUCGACAAGCAUCCACUUCAUCAACAGCUUCUGAACCACCUACAGCUCACCGUCGAUUCAACACUGAAGUAGAUGUGAAUCCGCCCACAGAGCCUCGUAGAAGUCGCAGUGGAUGGGCUCAAGCUGAUAGCAUAGAUUCAUCGGCAACAAUACCUUCGCCUCCUGUACCCCAAACCCCUCCACCGGCUGGUAACAGCGGUGCUUCUGUGCGUGUCAAAGGAACGGAAUCUCAGCGGGGUUCCUUGGUUAUACCUGAUUCGAAUGAAAUGAUUCAAGAUGUCUCUGCCGAGGAACAUACCCCGACUAGAGUUCGCAAGAAGACUUCAUCCAUAUCCCGUAUUCAAAUCAACGAUGAUACCUCUGAUUCAUCUGUUGCUCCGGGACCUCAUCGUAUGCCCCGCGUGAAGUCCAAACGUCUUCCACCACGACUCCACACUUUACGUACCCGCGAAGCCUCCAAGACACCUCCAAUUCCUACCGACCGCGCGCCGAGUCCGAAUACUCUAGCAGUUGAGUGGCCAGAGGAAGCGGACAGUGUUACGCCAAGAGCAGCAGUGUUCGACACCACUAUUACCGCGUCGCCUGUAUCACCGCGAAGAAGAACCCGGAAGGUCUCCGGAGAGAAAGGUGAAGAGAAGACCCGACCGAGGACAAGGAAAGUGUCUGCGGAAGGGAAAGAAUCUAAGCACAAGCGGGAAAGCGCUGCCGUCGAAGGAGAUGAUGAGGGCUAUGACGAUUUGCUCAGUGCAUAUUCAGAGAGCGAGGACAGCGUUGUGCAAGCACGACGGUGAUUUCAUAUCAGUCGUCAGUUCAAGUUCGCUUUUCCCCUUUGCUCACAAUGGACAGCCUGCUUUGUUGCUCUGAUAUCUUUACUCACAUUCUUACUUGUGCAUAUGCUUUGUUUUUUUCGGAAAGAGCUCCAGUCACACUCUAUGUCCAUGUGGAAUAAUGAUAUUUAGGCUGUAGCGUCGUCUGGUUUUUGAAGGAUGUCAUGCUCGAACAUGACCUCAUGCACACCAUGGUAAACUUCUAAAAGUACCGCAAAGUAAGGCAAGAUAUUCUGAAAAUAUUCGAUAUAGGAAAUGAGCAUCAUCAAACUGAACAUCCUUUUGAAACUACUUUACCUCGUAGGCAAUAUGGAGACUGAUCUCUUGAUCUUGCUUUUUGAUGGCGGCGAGGUAGUAUCGGACGUUCCAUCUACGGAGUCCUUCAUUUAUGAUGAAGUCCUGAAGGAAGGCUAAGG